UCAAUGUUUUCAUCGGUGCACUUUUCAAACAUUUUCACCUGGGUGAUGUCAUCUAUUUUCAAAAAGCCAGAAUAAUUUGUGGAAAAGUCAAUAAUUUGUGAAUUAUUUGUGGUGCAACUGACGAUUUUAUCAAAGUCCCCAGCACAGCAAUACGAUGGCCGAUCCAAAGUUUCAGUUCCUGCCGUACAUCGCCCAUGACCAACCCGACGUGUACGAAAGUGGACCGGACGUGGCGGACGCGGAAACUUCCGAUUUCUACGAGGAGGAAACCAGCAACGAAAGCAUCGAGCGCCUGCACAUCUCGACCAAGGACUCGUACAACAAGUUCAAGGGGAAGUACCUCACGGGGGAUGUCGAUUUCAGCGAUCGGAUCGGGAAGAAGUUUCGCACCGGGUACGAUUCCCGCAGCGGCGAGUGGGACCUGGCCGGCGAAGGGGAAAAGGAGUCUCCGAUUCAAAAGUGUUUACGUUUGCAGUGUGAAAUGAACGAGCUGAUGGAAGAGAUAACCGCUUCCCAGACGGAUGCAAGCAAGACCAAGGAGGAGAAGGCAUCCUACGAGGCGGUAUUCGAUGUUGUGGGUACUGCUAAGAAGGUGCUGGAGAGUUUGAAGCUGGAGCAAGCAAUGGGCAGUGAAGUGGUUCCUGCUGGUGGGUCAGAAGUUGAGGCUAAGAAGUUGUUGGCCAAGGUCGAAGAAUAUAAGAAAACUGGCGGUUCUGAUCCUGCUAGGACCGCUACAGAAUUGGCACAAAGUUCACGAAUUGCCGAAUUGGAACACCGUUUGCACCAACUGGAAAUGUCGGUUGGAGCCAAGCCGGAGAAGAUAAGCCGCCUGGCUGGGUCCGCCGGAGCCAACAACCUUAUCGACGCAGUUCAGUCUAUUUCGGCCAAGGCAGCGCUGCUACAGCCCACCCAGUUGGAUGUGGUCGAGGGAAGACUCGGAAAUCUGGUCAAGACGAUGAACGCCAUCCAGGAGAAGUCAUCCGCUAAUGGACAGGACGCCAACCGGGAGCAGAAGAUUCUCGAGCUGUACGAUAUCGCCAAGACGACUGAACCUAUUGCGCAGAUUCUGCCGGAAAUGUUGCACCGAAUGCAGACCCUGGAGUCGCUGCACAAAUAUGCUACCAACUUUAGCAAACUCUUUGCCGAGCUGGAGACCACUCAGGCCAGCAUUGUGAACGGGAUUGCUGCCAACAAGUCCCUGCUGACCGGCGUCGAGCAGGCCUUCAACUCAAACCUCGAGAAUGUCAACAAGGAGGUAAAGAAGCUGGAUGAACGUAUGGCUGCGCUCCAGCAGAAGAUGAAGUAGGUCGUCGACAUUCCCCAGCGUCAGCGUCGUAUCUAGCGUACUGCACUCUACUAAACUAUGAUUUGCAUAUUUAAGAACACUCAUCAUCCGCUGCUUCCGAUUUGAAACCGGUGGCACGGAAAUUAUAUAUUUAUUUGAAGCUUAUUAACCAAUAAAAAGGGCAUAAAUCAA